AUCUCGUUUCAAAAUCACCGUGAUGAUAUCAUUGUUUAAUUAAAGACAUUUGAGUCAUCAAGUAGCAACACUGUGUAAUCGCGUAUUUGUUUGCGUAUUCCUAUCCAACCGAACGAGAGAUAAGAUUUAGCGUAGACAUUGAAAGUCAAAAUUUCUUCGCAGUCAACAAACUGUAGCCGUAAGAACAAGUUACCGGUUUGAGAGUGGAGUACUACAUAUUCGCGAUAAUAACUUCAAAACGCGAUGAGUCAAUACGAAUUCGACGACGACAAAGAAUCGGAGCAGGACUUUGAUCCUCACUUGGAUCGUUCAAAACUGCACGCCCAGUUCCAGCAGUUCAACGGAAUUCGUAGCCGCAUGUCGUCCUUCGAUACAAUAUCCGAGUGGCUCGGACCCAAGGUGACUCUGAUGGCGGAGGCCGGAUUCUUCCACACCGGAUUCCGGGAUAUGGUCCAGUGUUUCUACUGUGGGCUUCGGAUGGGCGCGUGGCAUCAGCACGAAAAUGCCUGGUUUUUGCACACCGUGUAUUUGAAUGACAGGAGCUGUGACUAUGUGAACCACAUGAUGGGCAAACGAUACCUUAGUUACGUGAAAGAGUCGAAACGCAGACCGAGUUUGGUGGAACGCAGGUGGUGCUUUGACGCGGAACGGAACGGCGUCGACGAUUGGGUUCCCUGUGCGGACAAGGUGGGCUGUGCGCUGUGCCAGUGGGAGGAGAGUGGAUGACGCUGGUAGGGCUGAAUUGAUAAGAUGUUAUGUAGGCGUUAGUGCAUGAGAUAACGGUAAUAACCUAAAAAUUACUGUACAGUAGUUGUUCGGUAACUGGGCUGAUUUUUAACUGGGCGCUCGAUAACUGGGCCGUAGCCCAGUUAAAAAGCAGACAAAUGUCAAAAAACAAAAACAAACCAAAAUGACCGAGUGGUUAAUGGAUGCAAAAAUCAUAUUCAAUAAAUAAGUUUUUUCAAACUUUUGAUUAAUUUCAAGUUACAAUUAAAGAAAUAUGAAAAGUAAGCAUUGUAAAUAAAUUUGAGUAACUUUUAUUUUUAUACUUCAUCUGGAAAAUAUGCAUCGGUGGUCUCCUUGUUAUGUUUUGUUCAGCCCAGUCAACGAGCAACAUUCGGUGACUGGGCUACGUUCUCAGCCCAGUUACCGAACAACUACUGUAUUUUGUUUUGGAUAUUUAUGUAGUAUUUUGUUGCGAGUGUAAUUAAAAUAUAGGUAUCUUAUCAAAA